UUGUAUGAUGUGUCAGUGUGAGUGUGAGUGUGAGUGUGAGAGACAGGAACAGAGCAGGUCUUUAUCUGAAGUCAAUCACUUUGGAAGCCCUGUCAUUUCUUCUAAAACGAGCAGGAGACAUUGAUCAGAGUUGCUCAUUGUGGUUUUAUCCUCUGGACUGAAACAGCACGUUAAAGUGAACGGAGGCUGUUCGUUUCACCAGCGUUCAACCGGUUAAUUGACGGAGUUUAACACUUGUCACUCUGCGGGAAGUGAUAGCGAUAAUUUGCAUAUUUAGUUUUUUUUUUUUUUUUUAUGUCGAGCGAGCUUUUAUCACUUCAUCCUGCAAACUGCUAUCGGAUAUUAGAAUUUCAUUAGUCACAUUUGUCGGAAAUACACAUUUUCUCCGCACAUCAAGAAAAAAGUGACAGAAUUUUCCAGUGAUCUGCAUUAUUGGCAUCAUCUCAGCCCCUUGAGAAGUUCAUGUGAAAACAACACUGAGGGGAAGGACCUGAAGAGAGAAGACAGCAGCGCAGCCUUUUUUUUACCAGGAGAGAAUGGAGGCGACUGUGUCCUGUGUCUGGACCUAGGAGGAAUGAUAGAUUAUUCUGCAGUUGAAUAAACCUCUUCAUCAGCUGUUUGAGCUGAGCAGGUGUGAAGGAGCUGCUACAGCUGCUUGGAUUAUCUGGUGGAUGUUUCUGGUGGAGGUGAGGAGGCUGAGCUCAGCAGCUGCUAGGCUGCAGCUAUGGUCAUUGAGGUUUCCUCCCUCCUCAUCAGUGACCUUGCCGUUUGUCUCACCAUGCCGGACGACUCCGUCACCUCCAUCGCCUCCGUCAGCUACAUCAUCUUGGAAUUGCUGAUUGCUGUCUUCUCCGUGCUGGGCAAUGUGCUGGUCUGCUGGGCCGUGUGCCUCAACAGCAACCUGCAGAGCAUCACCAACUUCUUCGUGGUGUCACUGGCUGUGGCUGACAUCGCCGUGGGCGUCCUGGCCAUUCCAUUCGCCAUCGUCAUCAGCACGGGCUUCUGCUCCAACUUCUAUGGCUGCCUGUUCAUCGCCUGCUUCGUGCUGGUUCUCACACAGAGCUCCAUCUUUAGCCUGCUGGCCAUCGCAAUAGACCGUUACAUCGCAAUCAAGAUACCACUCAGGUACAACAGUUUGGUGACAGGCCAGAGGGCUCGAGGCAUCAUUGCCAUCUGCUGGGUUUUAUCCAUCAUCAUCGGUUUGACUCCAAUGAUGGGCUGGCACAAUGUGCCCAAGGCCAGCAACAGCACCUGCCCGCCUGGCCUGAUGAAGUGCCUGUUUGAGAAGGUGGUGGUCAUGGAGUAUAUGGUCUACUUCAACUUUUUUGCCUGCGUACUGAUUCCUCUGCUGCUGAUGCUGGCCAUCUACCUGUGUAUCUUCAUGGCAGCUCGUCGCCAGCUCAAGCUGAUCGAGGUGAAAGCGGUUCAUGGGGAGAAGUCGCGCUCCACACUGCAGAAAGAGGUCCAGGCAGCCAAGUCUCUGGCCAUCAUCGUCGGACUGUUUGCAAUCUGCUGGCUGCCAUUGCACAUCAUCAACUGCUUCACCCUCUUCUGUCCUCAGUGUGCUCGUCCUCCUCCCUGGAUCAUGUAUGUGGCCAUUAUCCUCUCUCAUGCCAACUCUGUGGUCAACCCCUUCAUCUAUGCCUACCGAAUCCGGGAGUUCCGACAAACCUUCCGUAAGAUUAUCCGGCGCCAUGUCCUGGGCCGGCAGGAGCUGUUUGAGAGCGGCAGCAGUAAUCGCAACUCCACUCACAACAGCAUCACAGACUCCAUCAGGCUCAAGGCAAAUGGCCUCAGCUUUCAAUUUUCCACUGAGCACAGCAGCAGCAGUAACUGUGAAAGUUCCUACCACUGCCCUACUCACAUCUCUCCUAUAGGGGGAGGACUGGUGGCAGUAUCCCACCCCCCUCUGUCAGUCGUCAUCUCUCACUGUCCUAAGAUGGGGCAGUGUUCUUUGCAGGCUCUCAGACAAACUCAAAUCCCAGUGGGUCAUCAUGCACGGUGUGGGGAGCAGCAGCAUGACUGUAGCAGACCAGUAGUCGUGGAGGAAAAGGACAAAGAGAACCUCGGCUCUGCCCAGGUCACAUCGCUGUUAAAUAAGGAGGAGAGGAAGAGCUACUUAAGUGAGAUGACAAAGGUGUCCUGACACUGGAGGGAUCUUUAACUAAUAAUCAGGAGUCUCACAGUGAACGUCAGCUCAGCAGUGACUGUCAAAAGAUUGGGAUACAUCCCAGUCUGCAGUGGAAAUAAUAGACAAUGUCAUUGAGAUAACUUGAUCAUCCCUCCCCCAUAAAACUCUCUUUACAAUCUAAACACAGUGACUUUUUAAAACCAGACUAAGAGUCUCAAAGCACUGCUAGUGGCUCAGAGAGGUUGUGCUGCUUCAAAACAUCUGCUUCAUAAUGACCCAAAGUGGUUUAAAUCAGCUUGAGCCACUGGUGCUUCAGUCUUUAAGGUGCAGGCACUUCACACAUCAAGAAAUAGUACAAGAAGAAAUAGUAGAGUUCAAUAAUAGAGUUCAUUAAUGCACUUUGACCAGUGGAAUUGUGGGACCUACCAAAGCCUCUCCUAACACAUUAAGAAUGGAAAAAGCAGUGAUUGUUGCCUUUUCAGGAUGUCCCUCUUUGUCUAGCUGCAGGUUGAAAGAAUACUCCAUAGAGUCACUUCUGAUCUGAAAGGGCUGAAGACAAGGACUAAUUAAAUUAUUGAAACUUUUUUUUAAUUAUUAUUUUCAGGGAUGUGGAUAUAAACACCCUGUGUCUGAUGUGUUUUAGAGGAUUGUUUCUUAAGCACUAAUUCAUCAUCACUUUACGCCAUUUUUAGCUUUACUUCAUCCUGACGCCCUGUGAGGUGCACAGACAGCGCCACCAUUAUUAAUGAUUUUUCACCUUCAGCCUCGUCCUUUCUUUUACAUUGUAAUUUAAGCAUUUACAAGCGUUCCCAACAGAAAUGAAUGGGUUCUGAUUUUCAGCCCUGUGCUGUCUCUAAAAAUGCAAGGAUGAGACUUUCACCAGUGAUGGAUCUGUUCAUGUUGGGUUGAUAGAAAUGUAAAGUUUCACAUUUUUAAAAUCACAAACCUCAAAGCUGGUAAUGUAAUGCUGAAGUGUAACCUUGUAUUUUUGUUUGUUCAAUGUGACAAUGUGACUUGAUUGUGUGCUUAUUUAAGUUAAAUUCAUGUUGACAUAGUUUGAAGAAUGAUGGGAAAUAAUUUGAUAAGGAUUGUAAAUGAUUUCAUUUUAGAUUUCAGUCAAACUCAUGGAAGAUUUUUCUGUGUUUAUUUUUCCUGAUGAAUUUAUCCUCAGUUCAGUGCAGCUAUCACCAUCUGUGUUCUCACGAGGAGGUUGUCCUGUCUUUAAAUAAAUGGUUUCAUGUUUUCAGUGUA